GAUCCGUAUUAGCGAGCGUACAUAAUAAUCGACACAUAUUUCCAGUAUUUUUGAAUUAUAUUCUUGUUCUUAAUAAUGAUGACCAUUAAUAAUGAUAUAAUAACACAUUCUUAUAAUUCAUUAAAAUAUAUUACAAAUAACAAAUUACAAAGAGAAAAAGCAUUUGCUAUAACUGACGAAUUUAAUGAAUAUCUAAAAAAUAUAUCUGGAAAAUGCAUUGACAUAGGAUGUGGACCUGGAGAUGUAACAAAAGACAUAAUCUUACCGGCUCUUGAUCCAAAUGCAGAAGUGAUUGGUAUAGAUAUAUCAGAAAGUAUGAUUGAUUAUGCAAAGAAAAAAUACAUUAAAGAGAAACGACUCGAAUUUGACGUUUUAGAUAUACAAACUAAAAAUUUGCCUGCAAAAUACGUAUCUGAAUUUAAUCUCGUACUUUCAUUUCACACUUUACAUUGGUGCAAUGAUAUCAAACAAGCAUUUGAGAAUAUCUACCGUAUGCUUCGACCCAAUGGAGUUAUGCUUGUACUCUUUGCAGCAUCUCAUAAUGUAUUUAAUGUUCUUGAAAACAUGAUAUAUGAUGUUCGUUUUGCACCAUACAUAAAAGAUGUUAAAAAGUAUACUUGGCCACUUCGAAAUUCAAUCAAUCCCCGCAAACAAUUAAAAGAAUUGCUUCAAACACUCGGAUUCACGGUUGUUCAUUGCAGCCAUCGGGAUAUAUUUCAUCAUGAUACAAAUACGGAUGGAUUUAUUUGUAAAUUUUUUUAA